AAAGUGUCAUUAAUACAAAAUUUAUUUUGUUUUACGUUUUAAUAAUGUUAAUAAAAAAAUAAUAAUAAUUAUAAUGGUAAUAAGAGUGUUCAUAUCGCAAUAAAGUUUAUGUAUUUUGCAAAACUAUUUUAACGUUUCAAUAAACAAUGUACUGUUAGCGUAACUCUAAUAUAAUGUAAUUUUAAUUAUAGCUUUAUUUUUGGUUAAAAAAACUUUCUAUUUUGUUCUCUGAUUUGUUGCUAUGGUCACGCAUGCAAAGCGACAGUAAACGAACGGUCCUCAGCUCUCGGAAAGCCCUUGUUAAAAUUCUGGAAGUGCAAUUGUGGUUGGAACGAAGACCGGCAUACAAAAGGGGUCCCCAGGACCAAGGCUGGGAAUCACUGCUGUAGUGCACCUUUGAAGCAGGAUGGCAGCGCAGUGGUCAACGGUAGAGCGGCUCAGGGUGAUCACUGUGCUGCAGGACUGUGAGGACCAGCUGGCAGUGCUGGGGCACAUCAAGCCCAAAACCUGCGUGGGCCACCUGGAGAUGCAGGAGCAGCGAAAUGGGGUGACCCAGCAAAAUCAGACAGAGGAGGCAGGGCUGGCAAAGUCCAAAAAGGAAAUGAGGUCACAGAGGGAGUCUGAUGUAAUCUCAGAGAAUAAAGAGCUGUCACCUGAACCCCUGGCCCAGGUGGAGUAUGACAGGAAUUUUGUGGCUCAAGUGAUCACGAAUCUGCUGAAGGAGUUGCGGGAGACCGGAACAUUCCACAGUCUGCUGUCCACCAUAGAAGAGGAGAAGAAGAGGAAGGCCCGCAUCCGGGACUUCAUCCUCAGUGAGGAGGAGGGGCGGCGCAGGACCAAGGUUCUGCAGAGGCAGCUGCUGGACAUCCGCAAGGAGAAAGUGCUGGAGCUGCAGCGACGUGAUGAAAUGAUAGCCCACCUGAAAGAUCAGCUGCAGGAGACAAAGGCCAAGACUGAUCUGGAGAUGAAGUAUGUGGCCAAAAGCUCUGACCUGCAGGUUUACCAGGAACAAAAGCUAAACUCCAUGAAGGAGAAGGAACUGGAGGCUGAGAUCAAGAGACUGCAUGAGAUGCUGGAGGAGGAGAGACUUUCUCACAUCGAGUUGGAGAGAUUCCUCAAAGAGGACCAGUUAGCCCUGGAGGAGAAGCUGGAGAUGUGGAUGGAACGCUAUGAGAAGGACAUGGAGGACAAACAGCAUGAGCUCAACACCCUGAAGAACAACAGAGCCAGCAACCUGGCCCGCCUGCAGGAGCUGGCCAAGAAGUACAGGGAGAGUGAGCAGGUGGUGAUCGCAGACAGGGUGGAGAAGGAGAACCUUCGCAGAGAGCGAGAGAAGGAGGAGAUGGAAUGGGCUUCCGCCAUCAAGCUCCAGUCCUGGUGGCGCGGGACCAUGGUGCGGCAGGGCCUGGGCCCCUUCAAGAAGGGCAAGAAACCCAAAGCUAAGGAGGGCAAAAAGGGCAAGAAGAAGAAAAAGAAGUGAGAGAAUCCUGUUUUUCAUGAAGCAGCGUCAGCAGCACAGUUUCCUUUCACGCGUGCGCCAGCACAGUGCUCAAACUGUUAAAAUAACCCCAACCUCAGCGCUCCAACUCAGGGGUAUCUGAAAAGGGAAAUGUGAUCUAGUCAAAUUCCACAAAGCUUUAAUCAGUGUAAUGUUUCUCGUGUUGAGGUUACAAUGCAUGGAUGAAUUAUGUUUUAGAUGUGUGUGCAGUUUUACCAAUACAACGAAUCAUAACCAUAAUAACUCAUAACUAAUUAGAAUAGUAUUAGAACUAAUAACUAACACUGUAGUUAUCUAGAUCAAUGGUUCCCAAUCUGUAUGCUGGUUUUCAUUCCAACCACACAAUCUCAGAAUUUUAACAAGCUAUUAUUUUUCUUAAUUAGGUGCUUUUCAUGUUUAGAGGGAUUAUUUCUCCUCUUAAGCCACAUUAUGUCCGAAAUAGCUAUGCAUGCCAUGAAGAAUAAAAGUCCCAUGUUCAUGUUA